UUUGCUCCCCGGAGCUCUCAGGUCUUCUGUCCUGGACCAGCCAAUGGGUGUUGGGUCUGAGACCUCAGAAGUUCAACAAUUGCCUCCAAGUUUCUCCCUUCAGACAGAAGCUUCAAAAACAGAUUUUUGUGAGAUUACAAUGUAGAUCCCCCAACUGACUUGUACUCGACACUAUUGCAAAACUUCAGCUUCAGAAGAAUGCAAGCAAAGGGCGGCGUCCCUUCCAGACAUGGCUUACCCCACCCUAGUGUUUCUAGGGAUAACCAAUUGGCUGAUAGAAUAACAAAUGAAAAGUAACUUGAAUCCAUUGACCCGCUUAACCCUGCAUGUGAACAAUGGAAAGGAGUAGCCGUUUGCUUUGAAACAGUGGAGGAGGCAUGAAACAGCUCAUUUUGUUGUUGCCUUCUUUUAUUGCUUUGCACAUCUAUUUCCAGACCAGUUGAAAACAGCAAGUUGUUCCUGUUUGAGAACACAGAGUCGGAGUUAUAGGAACAGCCUGAGAAAAUGGCAUGUAACAUACCUAACCAAAGACAGCGGACUAUGUCAACAUGUGGAGAAGGUCUAUAUGAAAUUCUUGGUCUGCAGAAGGGAGCAUCAAAUGAAGAAAUUAAGAAAACCUACAGAAAAUUGGCCCUGAAACACCAUCCAGACAAGAAUCCAGAUGAUCCAGCUGCUGCUGAGAAGUUUAAAGAAAUCAACAACGCCCACACAAUACUUACCGAUCUGUCAAAGAGAAAUAUAUAUGACAAAUACGGAUCUCUGGGACUCUAUGUGGCUGAGCAAUUUGGAGACGAAAAUGUUAAUACCUACUUUAUGCUGUCAAGCUGGUGGGCAAAGACCCUGUUUGUUAUCAUUGGCCUCUUGACUGGCUGCUAUUUUUGCUGCUGUCUGUGUUGCUGUUGCAACUGCUGUUGUGGACGCUGCCGGCCCAAAUCAUCUGUGCCAGAAGAGGAUUUCUAUGUGUCUCCAGAGGAUCUUGAGGAGCAGAUCAAGACUGACAUGGAAAAAGAUGUGGACUUUCCAGUUGUUCUCCAGCCUACAAAUGCAAAUGAGAAAACACAGCUAAUCAGAGAAGAACCUCGAAGUUAUUGCACAGACUCUUAAUAUUGAGCCCAUUGAGGGUCCACCGUACCUCCUCUUGGUUCAGCCAUGUCUCCAGGUGGUUAUAGGGGGAGGGUAGGUAGCAUGAAAUGCUGUGAACUUUUCCACAUUUGUAUUUAACUCUUAGGUUAGGGAAUAUGAUUGCUACAUAAUUUUCUCAGUAUGCAGUCUCACUCUGAGUAGAAUUACUAAUGAAGCACAUUCCAUUUUGAUGAAUAAAGGCUUGAAGAGUUGUUUUAUGCUCCUUGCAUGAGGUAAGACAAUGGCAUUGGGCAGGCGUUAUGAGCCUCCCUUUGUGUGAGCCAGACCUCAUUCCUUACAGCCUAAAGAAGUAUUCCAAACAGAAACCACUAGUCAUCUAUUUAACUAAAUGCAAUAUUCAUACUUCCCACAAAUAUCAUCAGCAAAAUACAUAUGAGAAUUUAGGAGGAAUUGUGUGUGCGUGAUUUUUCCCUGUCAGUAUUCAUUAUGGUUACAGAAAUAUUUCAAGAGACAGGAAGAAAUGAUUAGGUAAAAAGACAAAUCACAUUAUUUUAAAGUAUCUUUUUGAAAGAUUAAAAAUUGUCAUUUACUGAAAACUGACAAGUAAAACUAGGAGGAAACAGGUUUUGUGUGUACUGUUAGACUGCUAUAAAAACAAUAACUAAAACAAAACUUCAACCUGGCUAAAUGUUAUAAAUGAUCCAGAAAAUCAUUCUGAGCCCAAACCAGCCCUAAGAAAUGUGCUGACCAUUUUUAAGUAAAAGUAAUUUUUGUACAACUAGCCUAGAUUAGACAGACUAAGGAAAAGAAACACAGGAAGUAAAGGGUAGAAUUCUAAAUUUUAUAGCCUAAGUUUAAAUUUAAAGGCAUAUUACUUACCUCAUUUUUGGUGGGAUAAUUAUAUUGACCAGAAAAUGCUUAGCUCUGUGCAUGUUAAACACUGAAGCUCAGAGGCCAUCCCUGCAUGUAAUUGUUUGAUCCUUAUAUCCAUCAUGUGUUCCAAACCAUGUGCUAUUUAUAAAAUAGUACAGCAGCAAACGUGUUUGUUUUUUCUAGGUCUUUCUUAGUUCUUAUGUAAUACUGCAUUUUUGAAGACCUUGUUAUGUUUUUAUAUAAUAUUGCAUGAAAUGUCAUUUUCUUUUUUCUUUUUUUCUUAUUCCCCACUACUACCAAAUUAAAGUCAAUGGAGGCUAAAUAAACAUUGUAAGUGAGAAUUGGUGUUAUACCACUGGCAGUUCUAAAGUCAUUAAAACUCUACUCUAAGUCAUGAA